AUUUGUACUAGCUAUGGCAAAAGUUCAUGAGCAUAAAAUAAUUUAUCCUGAAGAAGACCGUCCAAGAGUUGUUCAAAAGGUUAGAAAAGUGAAGGAUAUCCCUCGUUAUUUUAGAUCUCAGGAUAGUAUCAAUCUUUUGGAGGAAGAUACACCAGAUGAUAUAAGUGAGCCAACUAUUCAAAGAAUAAAAAUUUGGACAUUUGAUAUUACCUUACCAAGAUCAUCCAACACAGAGAUUGUCAAAAGGGAGUCACUAUUUAAUUCAAAAUGGUUUAGAUCAAAUCAAGAGACAGUUUCUAAAGAGGAGGGUUCAAUUUUACCAAGUGUGUCUGUUAAUUCUCAACCAUUUAAACGUGAAUUCACUCCUAUCCCUGAAGAUUCAGAUACUUGGGAGGAGCAAUUCCCUAGGGAUCCUAUUAAAGUCCUGUAUAAUUUGAACAAAAAUGACUCAGAACGAAUUAUCGUAUUCAAGACUUUUAAUAGAAAAUAAAAUUUUUUUUUUGAGGGAGAAGUACGACGCAUCAGAACAAGAAUCGGCCUUUUUCCAACUAAACAGAAGUACUAUAUCACGAUUACGAAUGAAGCAGUUAGCCUAUAUCAGAAUGGAGAAAAGUCUUGCUCUGAAGUACACUCUCCCGAGAGACAAUUUCUGUUUUCUUGAGAGAAAAUUAGUGCUGUUCAGACGAGUCCAAUAAAUUUCAGAAUCAAAAUUGGGAAGAAAAAAUGUUACAAUUUUGAAGCAGAUGAAGAUAUCGUAGAGUGGUGUAAAUUUAUAAAUCAAAGGAGUAAAGCAAAAGGAUAUUUCACAAAUACCAUCCAAAUUAAGCCGUGGAAGACUCCUCACAUUACUAAGUUAAAAUUUAUGAAAACAGCCAAUACCUUUGACUUGUUCAGGUUUUGAGAUCAAGGUAUAAAAUCUUUUGGGAUUAUUUUAAAAACUGAUGACUUUAAACCUCCUACAAGGUCUUAUUAUCAAUCCUCUCCUGAGUGUCUGUAUUACUCCCAAGCAUCCAGAAGGAUUCGUGUUGAUCCAAUAGAGAAGGUACCUGAUCAUAAUGAUGCAUUCCUAAUCCCUCUCGUUGGAUAUGAAUGUGAUUCAAGGACACUUACUAGAGCAAUGGAAGAUAUUUUAGAUAUCAAAAAGCAAUCCAAAAUCCGUAAAUUUGCUCAACUAGACUUCUGCAAAUUUUUGAGGGAGUUUUACAUCAACAUCGGUGUUCUCCAUUCUAUCUCUAAUAAAUACCCCGUAAGGAAGACACACUUUAGGAACAUAUUCAACCCAAAAGCUGUUGAGUGCACAGAAGGAUGCUACUUCAGUCACAGGCUUAGAAUAAUCACCUCUGAGGAAUUGCUCUAAAUAUUUUCAAUAAUC